UCGACCCUCCCAGACCCUGCGGGUUUUUCGGUCGAGUUCGGAGAUCGCGGCCAUGGCGUUGGGCCACGACUGCGGCAGGGCGCUGCUGCGGCUGCUGAGCCGCGGCCACGCGGUGGUGGCGGAGCUGCAGCGGUGCGCGGAGUCGCUGCCUGCUGGGCUGCGGGACGGGGAUGUGCGGCUCUUGCCGGUGCUGCCGGACUUUGCGGUGUUCCGCAAAGAGGGGGCCAUCGAUCGGGUGGCCGAUUCCGCUGAGAAGAUCGAGCUGGACGAGGAGAGCCGAGAGCUCCACGCCGCCUGCGCCGAGCGGAUCUUCCGGAUCCUGGCAGCCAUCAAGAAGUACGCCGCGGACGUGGGCCGGUUCUUAGAGGACCUGGACGCCGGCGCCUUCGUGGGCCACAGCGUGGAGAGCUUGCUUCGGGACGUCCAUGGGUCUCAGCUGUUGCCGGAAGCAGUGGCGCUGCUGGGCACGAUGUUACUGGUGCUGGACGAGCGGAUUGGUGGUGCCUGCCGAGAGCGAGCGCUGGUGCUCUUUUACCGGUGCACGGUGGGCACCAGCAGCGAACCCGAGGACUUCGCUGAGGUCUGCCGGUUGUUCAAGUCGACUGGCCGGCCGAACGGCGAGCUGGCAGUCCGGAAGCUGGGAUACCCUGAGAGCUACUUCGCGCGCUUUCCGCUGCACCAGGAGGCCUUGCGCCUCAUCAUCGGCAAGCUGCAGACGGGCGACGUCUACGAGCAGGGCCGGCACUACCCGCUGCCCGAGCACCGGAGCCAGGCUUUGGCGGCACAGGCGGGCCUUCUGUACGUGGUGCUGUUCUUCGAGCCUCGCAGCCUGGAGGCCGACUUCGUGGCCAUGCGCGAGAUUGUGGACCGCCACUUCGGUGACAGCUGGGUGGUGGCUUACGCCCUAGGCUACACUGCGGACUUGCUCAGCUGGUGGGCGCCGUACCCCGCAGCGAGGCAGGCGCUGCAGAACGCCAUCACCGCUGGCACAGUGCGGCAGCUGCAAGAGCAGCACCUGGAGCGUCUGGCCCAGACCCGACAGAGGCUCGCAGAGCUUCUGGUGGAGGGGACCCUCACGGAGGAGUUCGUCGCGGGGAAGUCCUCGCAGCUGCUGAGCUUGCUGCGGCAGGCCAAUACUGGCAUCCGGUGGCUGCUUUUGCAGCCAAGCACCUCCGACCCGAAGCUGCAGGCGGUGUGCAACAUCUCUUCUAGGAUGAAGGAGCAGCUGUUGGGAACUCUCGUUGACACCGCUCUGCUCGAGGACAAGGUGAAAGGCAUCUUGGGGCCGCUGGUGGCCAACCGGGAUGCGAGUUGGCAGCAGCUGAAAGAUGAGGCGGCUCAAUCUAUGGAUGAUCUCGCCGUCUUCUUCUCCGGGCAACAUGCGCUUCGCCGCAAUGUCCGCAACGAGGAGCUGGAGGAGUUCUUCCGAUCGCUGCAGCAGCGCAUCGAGGAGCUGAGCUGCGGCAGCGAGGAGGAGCUGUUGGCCCUGGGCCGCAAAGUGGCGCAGGUGGACAAGGCCCUGGAUGAGGUAGCGCACUUCCAUGAGAUCUCGCAGCAACCGCAGAUCCUCCACUUCCUCAGCGACGCCCGGCAGCGGCUGCAGCGCAUGCUCCGCACUGCAAACCUCAACGCGGAGGUGCUCCAAACCAUCGAGACGGUGGCAGACCUCUCCUACGCCUGGCGCGCUCUGGGCAGCUACAAGGAGGCCAUGGGCAACUUGUUGGCCAGUUCCCCGGACAGCGUCAAGGGCCUGCGCGCGCUCUUCCUGAAGCUUGCGUCGAUCCUGGAGGUACCUUUGCGGCGCAUCCGCCAGGCCGGCAACGCGGCCCAUGCCUCCCUGGUCUCGGGGUACUACUCGGCCAGCCUCACGGAGUUCAUGCGCUCGGUGCUGCAGGACAUCCCGCGGCUGGUCUUCCGUCUGCUGGGCCAACUCUCGGAGCUCUCGGCGCCGGGCCUGGGGAGCCGGGUGAGCUUCGCGGAGCUCCAAACCUAUGCGCAGAGGACUGAAAAGCCGCGGCAGGAGAGGGCGCAGAUCACUCAGCGCAUCGCGCUGCUCAUGCGCGGCAUCCGGGAAACCGACGUGGCAGUGCUGGGGGUGAUCCGAGUCGAGCCCCGCGAGGUGCUGCUGGACGGGCUCCGCCGGGAGCUGGCGACGCGCAUCGAGCAGCUUCUGGCGAGGCUGCAGUUCCCCUCUACAAGCGGGCGGCAGGACUUGGAGUUGCCCCUCCAGCAGCUGGCGGAGCAGUCGGGCCUGCUGCGGUCCUCCUUCGAGCACGUGCAGGACUAUUUGGGCGUGUCGGCGCAACAGCUCUGGCGAAGGGAGUAUGGACGUGUGGUUCGCUUCCUGAUGCACAUGGAGCUACAAGCGCUGCUGCUGAAGCGGCCGAACCCCAGUGCCGCACCGCAGCACGACCCCACGCAGCCCAUCAGGUUCCCGGACGCGGGCGGGGGGUCCUUCAUCAGCCGCGCUUUGCAGAAGCUUCUGGAGCUUACGGACCCCAAGACCACCGCCGGGGGACUGCACCAGGACUGGCGCAGCGUCUCCAGCGGGCAAACGACCCUCGACAGCUUGGUGCUGGAGAGCCUCAUGGAGGCGCUGCACCCCCCGGGGGUCGCGGCCAUCUCGCGCCUGCUGUCCUUGCGAGCCGCGGGCCGGGUGAGGAAGGCGGUGCAGGGCUGCAAGGCGCUGAUGGCGCGCCAGGGCUUGCCGCAGCUGGUGGCUCAGGCCCGGGAAGCGGCGCUGGCGCGCAAGACUGAGGCUGUGCGCGCUGCGGCCAACGCUCUGGCCAGCGAGGUGGGCCCCUUGGCGCACGCCCUGGCGGGCUUGGGCCAGUUGGUGCUCCUGCGUCGCCGCCUCGCCGCGCUGCUGAGGCUGCGCUGCCGCUUGGGCGCUGGCCUCAUCCACGAGUCUUUGGCCGUCCUGGACGGGUCCGCUUUGGCAGAAGCAGAGGCGGACGAGGAGGCUGCGGAGGCGGACGGGCAGCUGCCGAGUCUCUGGGACUUUGUGGGAGAUGGCCGCAGCUCGCCCGAGGAGCUCCAGCUGCGCUUCCGCCGGAAGCUGGCACGCACCGGGGAGCUGUCCGGGCUUGCAGAGCCCUGUCGACAGCUUCUGCAGAGUGUGCCGGAAGGCAGCGCACCGCUGGGCAUUGACGCCUUGCUGGCGCUGGCGCUGGUGCAGCACAUCGCUACAGCCCCGUCCGUGGCCUCACCCAGCCGCAAGGCGAAGCGAAGCACCGCCUGGGGAAAGACGGUAGCACCAGCCCCUAGUGGCAGCCUGCGCAGUGGCAGCCUGCGCCAGGAGGCGCACGCGGGCCUCGCCGCAGGCCUCGCGGCGCUGCUGCAGCAGUUGCCGCGGAAGGUGCUGCAGGGCACGUUUGAGCUUUGCGGCUGCUUCAUCCAGGGCCUCUGCGAGGGCCAGGCCUGGUCAGAAGGGGCGCUGCUUCUGCAGAUCUUGGGCAACUCCUUGGAGUUGCUGGGCUUCCCACGGGAGCACCUGGCCGACUUUGUGCCGCAGGGCUUGCUGGAUCUUUGGCCGCCAGAAUGAGUGGCAGCCUGCUAAUGCGC